AUGUAUCAGUUACGUCUAUGCGCUCCAGUUAUAUCUCCGCCAGUUAUAUCACCGCCAGUUAUAUCUCCGCCAGUUAUAUCACCGCCAGUUAUAUCUCCACCAGUUAUAUCUCCACCAGUUAUAUCUCCAUCGGUUAUAUCUCUACCAGUUAUAUCUCUACCAGUUAUAUCUCCACCGGUUAUAUCUCCACCAGUUAUAUCACCGCCAGUUAUAUCUCCACCAGUUAUAUCUCCGCCAGUUAUAUCUCUACCAGUUAUAUCUCCACCAGUUAUAUCUCCGCCAGUUAUAUCUCUACCAGUUAUAUCUCCACCAGUUAUAUCUCCGCCAGUUAUAUCUCUACCGGUUAUAUCUCUACCAGUUAUAUCUCCACCAGUUAUAUCUCCACCGGUUAUAUCUCUACCAGUUAUAUCUCUACCAGUUAUAUCUCCACCGGUUAUAUCUCUACCAGUUAUAUCUCUACCAGUUAUAUCUCCGCCAGUUAUAUCUCCACCGGUUAUAUCUCUACCAGUUAUAUCUCUACCAGUUAUAUCUCCACCAGUUAUAUCACCGCCAGUUAUAUCUCCGCCAGUUAUAUCUCCGCCAGUUAUAUCUCCGCCAGUUAUAUCUCCACCAGUUAUAUCUCCGCCAGUUAUAACUCUACCAGUUAUAUCUCCACCAGUUAUAUCUCCGCCAGUUACAUCUCCACCGGUUAUAUCUCUACCAGUUAUAUCUCCACCAGUUAUAUCUGCACCAGUUAUAUCUCCGCCAGUUAUAUCUCCACCAGUUACAUCUCCACCGGUUAUAUCUCUACCAGUUAUAUCUCCACCAGUUACAUCUGCACCAGUUAUAUCUCCGCCAGUUAUAUCUCCACCAGUUAUAUCUCCACCAGUUAUAUCUCCACCAGUUAUAUCUCUACCAGUUAUAUCUCCACCAGUUAUAUCUCCACCAGUUAUAUCUCCACCAGUUAUAUCCCUGCCAGUUAUAUCUCUACCAGUUAUAUCUGCGCCAGUUAUAUCUCUACCAGUUAUAUCUCCACCAGUUAUAUCUCCGCCAGUUAUAUCUCCGCCAGUUAUAUCUCCGCCAGUUAUAUCUCCAACAGUUAUAUUUCCGCCAGUUAUAUCUCCGCCAGUUAUAUCUCUACCAGUUAUAUCUCCACCAGUUAUAUCUCCACCAGUUAUAUCCCUGCCAGUUAUAUCUCUACCAGUUAUAUCUCCACCGGUUAUAUCUCCGCCAGCUAUAUCUCCACCAGUUAUAUCUCCACCAGUUAUAUCUCCACCAGUUAUAUCUCCGCCAGUUAUAUCUCUACCAGUUAUAUCUCCACCGGUUAUAUCUCUACCAGUUACAUCUGCACCAGUUACAUCUGCACCAGUUAUAUCUGCACCAGUUACAUCUGCACCAGUUACAUCUGCACCAGUUAUAUCUCCACCGGUUAUAUCUCCACUGGUUAUAUCUCCACUGGUUAUAUCUCCACCGGUUAUAUCUCCACUGGUUAUAUCUCCACCGGUUAUAUCUCCCCCGGUUAUAUCUCCACCGGUUAUAUCUCCACCAGUUAUAUCUGCACCAGUUACAUCUGCACCAGUUACAUCUGCACCAGUUAUAUCUGCACCAGUUACAUCUGAACCAGUUAUAUCUGCACCAGUUAUAUCUGCACCAGUUACAUCUGCACCGGUUAUAUCUCCACCAGUUAUCUCUCCACCGGUUAUAUCUCCACCAGUUAUAUCUCCACCAGUUAUAUCUCCACCGGUUAUAUCUCCACCGGUUAUAUCUCCACCAGUUAUAUCUGCACCAGUUAUAUCUCCGCCAGUUGUACUUGCAGCAGUUAUGUCCCCGGGGGGUGGUGUGUCCUCUGGAUUGGGACACUAUGUGCAGGCUGGGAAUGUGAACUUGUGGCCUCAGAGUGUGACACAGUGA